UUUUAUCAAAGCAUGAGGCCAUUUUCCUUCUAUGUGAAAAUUUAAUAAACUGCCAUAUUUGAUAACUAACGUUUUGUUGUCGGCUUUUAAAGAAAUGAAAAUAUUCAAAAUUAAUUCAUGUUUACAAUCUUGAUAAUUUGAAAAAGAGAGAAUAAUUCCAGCAUUGCAAUGAGUCACAAGGGAAGUCAAAACCUACUCGAAAAUAAGGAUAAGAAAAUUCCUAUCAAUGGGGAUAAUACCAAUGAAACUGCUGUUCAAAAUAAAAAAAAAGAGAUAAAAUCUGAAGCAAUUGAUGAAAGUAUCAGUGUCAUGAAAACAAGAUCUUCCAAACGAUCUUCCAAUAAUAAAAUCUCUGAAGAUAAUGAUUCGAAGUCACAGACAGAAGAUUCUGCUAAUGAACAAAUUGAUAAAGAAGAAAAUAAAGUGGAAGUAGUAGACAAGAGUGAUGAAAAGCAACCUAUUGAAGAUGAAUCAAAAACUGAUGAACUAUAUGUUUCGAAUGAUACUUCAGUUGAAGUAGAAAGCUCUGUUAAUAGUACUCAAAAUGUUGAAGAUACUGAACAGUCUGAAAAUUUUUCUGAAAAGAAAGAUGAAGAGGAAAAUAAUUGUAAAGAGGAAUACCUGCUGGAUUCUGAGACAUUCAUGGAACCCCUAGUAUUGCAGCCUGAUGAGCCAUGUCCUGAACUGGAGUUCGAAGAGAGUUCUGACAAGGAGUCUGAAAAGCAUUCUCCUGUUUUAUCUAGGUGUACUACAAGACGGUCUCAAAAUCGUAACAUCCCUACGCCUAAUACUCCAAGGAGUGUAUAUGAACCAGAGCAGGAAAAGGAUCAGAUUGAUUCUGAUAAAGGAUCAGGAAAACCUGUACCAGGCCCUGAAUGCUCUUCGAAGAUAAUUAACUUGAAUGAAACAGAUAGAUCAAGUACUAAUGUUUCAAUGACAGUUCAAGUUGGGGGCAAUGAUACUCGUACAGAUUUUUCAGAAGGUGAAAGUGAACUACUCCAGAGCCUAAGGAGUAGAGGAUCACAGUCAGCAUCUCGAUAUUUGACUUCAAGGAGAUCAUUAAGAUCUACGAGAAAUGAGUUGCACUCAAAGAGCUUGAGAGAUUCAAUGCGCAGAAGUAGACUGUAUAUUCCUUCUCCAUUAUCAAGAGAGUCAAUGGAAAGGGCCCCCAGUGUUAAAAGAAAAGAUCGAAGUGAAACUCCUGAGGAAAGAAAAAAGUUGAAGACUGACUCAUCCGGAUUCUUAUCAAAACUCUCAAGUCCUCUGACCAAUUUGAGAAAUAAAUUCUACACAACCCCUACAGAAACUAGCACCCCAAAACUGACCUCGUAUAAGGAUGAGAAGAAUCUUAUCGACGGUGAUUUCUUUGAUCAAGUGGAGAUGCCACAAGAACUGGGAGCACCACAUAACAAAUGGUGUGAAAUAAUGUAAACAUCAUGUUAGUUUGCUCCAGUGUUGCCUUCGUUUUUUAUCUGAUAAUUCGAGAAUUGUUUUACUCCCAGAAUGGUUUUGUAUUGUUGAUCACUAUAUAAUGUUUGUGUUUUCUGUACUUUCAUCUUUUUCAUAGAAAUUUUUGUAUUUUAUUUACUUGAUUGAAAUUUUGAUGAAAAUUGAGUUAUUCAAUGUUUUGAGUUUAUUGUAUGGACAAAUAAAGUCUUCGUAUUGUGUACAGACAAAAAUGUUGUAGUGAAAAUCUUAUCUGACUUAUAUAUAAAUAUCUUUCAUGAUAUGCUUAUGCAUAAGCAAACAGUAAGUGUACGAAUGAUAGUGAUCAUAAAAUUUUGGAAGAAAUUGAAUGCUAGUAAUCUGAGAAUUUAGUUGAGACUGUCUAAUGGUUUAUCUAUACUCCGUAAAUUUUAUAGAUUGAAUCAGUGAAAUUAGUUUAAUUUUUUACACUAGGUUUUUCAUAUAAUAAUCGCCCAAAAGAACUUCGACUUAUACAAUUCAUUUAUACUUAUAAAAUUUUUAUCAAUAUAUCGAAGACUUGUUAUCACGUAGGUUCUAGUGUUAAUUUUUUUCAUGAAUAUAAAAAGUUGUAUCAUUC